CGCGGCGACAACGAUCACUUUUCAAUUAUGCUGGCAACGACGACGACGACGAUCGAGCUGCCGCUGAGCUACUCUUCCUCGUCCUUGCUCUCCCCGGCGUCUGCGAUUCACGCCAAGAAGACCAUUAUGAACACCACCACCUUUGCCAGCAGCAACGCGUCGCAUGGCCGCUGCAAGUACAAGAGCGGCCGCUGCAUGAACGAGCGGACGAUCAAAGAGAACGGUGAGCCCCACACGCUCUGCGAAGAGCACCGCCUCUUGCACAAUAAGAACCAGCGCAAGUCGGACACCAAGCGCCGGCGACUCCGGCGCGCCCUCCGCAACGAGCCGCGCAUGGCGUCGCCCAUGCGCAGUGCGUCCAUGGACGACAGCGACGACGCGCUCUCGUCGAUUCUGUGCUCGUCGCCCGACGACGACGACGAGAGCGUCUGGUGGUCGCAACUGCCACCGAUGGCGCCGAUCACAUGGACGAGUCCGCCCGAGCCCUGGACGCCCGAAGAGCUGCACAUUCUGUCGGUGCUCCUCGACUUGCCGCUUGACCACCACCGCUUCAACGCUGUAUAAAUUAGAUCCGCCCCGCGAUACAUUAUUGAUGUUUAACCUAAGAACUCGUGCGUCUCUCUACUGU